GGGGGGGGGGUUGUUAUUAUGCUCGCUUAGAAUGAAGUGAAAGCAAUCAUCGUGCGAGACUGUUUUGCAUCGCAGGUUGAUUGGUUGAAUUGGAGCGCAAGGGAGACAAAUUAGGACUUUUCUGGUGUAUGAAUCAGAAUUUGAGGUUGUUUCUUCGAGAAGCAGAAGAGCUGGGGUUGUGUGGAAGAUGGUAUAAGUGCAGCUGGAGAAACGAAGAGAGGACGUGGGGAGGGCGGGAGUAGGUGAUGAAGGUUGGCGGCGAUGGGGCGGUUCAGCUGGGGAGCGAGUGCGAAGAACCGAGAUAUGAGAGUUAGCAGGAAGGAUAUUCCGACAUCACCAGUGCAAGAGGAGGCUGAGGCUGCAAAAUCUGGGGAUUAUUCAACCAAAGGGACGCUGCCCAAGUACGUUUGGGUGCUUGGAUUGUUCGUCACAGCUCUCUUUGCUUACAGCAUUGAAGUCACGCCUGCGCGCAUCAGCAAUGCCAUAUGGUUCAACCACCUCUUUUCCGAAUACAGACCACCUCGUCGUACUCACAUGAAUCUUACACACAGCAGAAAGUCUUUUCUCUCUAAGACUGUGCGGGACCCUAUCGACCUCUGGAGUCCCCCUCCCGACAAUGGAUGGAAACCUUGUUUGAUACACACUGAUUUUGAAUCUGGAUCUGAUAAUGGUUAUUUGCAAGUGAUGUGCUCUGGAGGCCUGUUUCAAAUUCAUAUCUGUGUAUGUAACGCUGUGGCAGUAGCCAAGCUGGUGAAUGCGACUCUGCUGAUUCCAUACUUCAGGAAAUCAUUGGUGUGGAAGGACCCGAGUCAAUUCGGCGACAUAUAUGACACGGACCAUUUUAUAGCCUAUUUCGAGAAAGAUUUACGAAUAGUGCGACAAUUGCCAGAAGAAUAUGCGUGGAGUGUACCCGAUCUUUAUGCCGAACGCUGCCUAGAAAGGCCCAACUGUCUGACUUACGUUCGUAAGCAUAGUACCAUGAAUUGGUAUCUUGAGAAGGUGCCACCACUUCUACAAACGCACGGUGUGGCCGUGCUAGACGGCCCUACUCAAUACUCGGGUUGGGAUCAUAAGCUGACCUUCGAGGGCCUUCCUGUGCACAUCACACAAUUGCGAUGUAGAGCCAAUUUUGAGGGCCUUCAAUUUGUGCCUGCUAUCCAAGAGUUUGGGAAAUUGCUGGUGAAUCGAAUCAGAGCGAAGUCUUUGGCGGUUCAAAGUCCAAACCUUGCUCCUCAGAUGACUGCACCUCAGCCAUGGUGGUCCACACAGAACAAUGAAGAGACACUUUCAGGUUCAGAAAUGCUUUCAGGCAAUUCUGGGGACCAGGUACACCGAUACCUAGGACUCCAUGUGCGUUUUGAGAAAGACAUGAUUGCACACUCGGCUUGUUAUUACGGAGGAGGUAGGGCUGAGAAGCGCGCUCUUGCCGCUUUCCGAGCCAAGAUUUGGAGGGGAGGAGUGAGCAAGACCCGAUAUAAACCAGAGGCUCUACGUAUGAACGGUAGCUGCCCUCUCACUCCAGAUGAGAUGGGUCUUUUGCUGUCUGGUCUAGGAUUCCCAAUCUCUACUCCUGUCUACAUGGCAAGCAAGAACUUGUAUGGAGGGGUAGCCCGGAUAAAGCCUUUGAAAGAGAUAUUUCCUAUCCUUGAGAGUAAAUACACCUUGGCUUCGACGAAAGAGCUCAGGCCUUUCUUGCCGUAUUCUCAUAAACUUGCAGCGUUGGACUUCUUGGUCCUACUCAACAGUGAUGUCUUCAUGUCCAAUGCUGCUGGUAACUUCCCGAAUGUGCUGAGCGGGCAGCGGACAUUCUAUGGCCCACGGAAGUCUAUCCAUGCCGACAAAAGGUUGCUAGCCCACUUAUUUUCCAAGAGCUCCAUCAGCUGGCUAGAGUUUUCCAGCCAAGUUACUGAAGGUCAUCUCAGCAGGUUAGGUUCUCCAGUCCGCCGGAUGCCAAAAUACUCUAUCUUCAGAUACCCCGCUCCCGAUUGCAUGUGUCAAGAACCUAAGCAAGCUGUCGGUUAGUAAUAUUGUGCCAGUUCUUCCUACUGUCGUACAAGUCCUUCGUUAGUCAAUGGUGGAUCUGAUUUUCUUUCUGUCAACCAGUUCAAAGACGAUUUUGGCUCUGAAUGUGAAUGAGAUUCUUAGCUGUGUAGGAUGGCGUACUUCGAAUGAUUUAUUUCGUGACUGAUUUUCUAUUUCUCAAUGUCUGGCUUAGCCUUUUUAAGCA